AUGGGGGAUAAGAAUGUGAAUCUGCCACCAGGUUUUCGAUUCUAUCCAACUGAUGAAGAGCUUGUGGUUCAUUUCCUUCAUCGAAAAGCAGCACUCUUGCCUUGCCAUCCUGAUGUCAUUCCGGAUCUUGAUCUUUAUCCCUAUGAUCCAUGGGAUUUAGAGGGUAAAGCAAUGAAAGAAGGCAACAAAUGGUACUUUUAUAGCAGAAGAACACAGAAUAGAAUUACUGGGAGUGGAUAUUGGCAGGCUAUUGGGAUUGAUGAACCAAUUUACAGCUCUAGUUCUAACCAAAAGGAAUAUAGGAUUUCAGACUCUUCUUCUACUAGUAGAUCAUCAAGAAGAAGAAAUUCCAGAACAGAUUACAGUAAAUGGGUGGUGUGUCGAGUGUACGAGCGUGAUGGUGACGACGACGACAACGAUGGGCCGCAGCUUUCAUGCUUGGAUGAAGUUUACUUGUCGCUUGAGGAUCUUGAUGAAAUUAGUUUGCCAAAUUAG